GAACAUUUCAAAUUGUCCGAUCUGAACAAUCGACAAUCGAUAGUACACCGUGCGAUUAUCGUAUCGCGUCAUAGAUCGAUUCUGAAUUCCGAGCGAGACAGAUUAGCUGUGCGGAUUGUUUUGUUUGAACGCGAAUAGUCAAUGGUAGUGAACGUAGCAUUGCAAUUGCAAUAACCAGAUUCUUCUUCGAGAAACAUGUCGACGGAAACGGAUCAGGGAACCUUGGUGGACAAAGAUGAGAGGAACAAGACGAAAGUUCACUGCACAUUUUGCCCCUCGAAAAUGUUGAAUCCAGGUGCAGCCCGGCUAGUAAAGAUAGAGUUUAAUCUGCCAUACGUUCAAAGGAUGGAGGAAAGAGAAGGUGAAGCCGACCAAAAAGAACUUAUUACGGACCAUUGGUUGGUAGAGGACAUGUACACAUUCGAGAAUAUCGGUGUCUCGUACACCGUGGACAAUGUGAAAUACUUGGCUUGCGCAGAUUGUGACAUGGGUCCUGUAGGCUGGCACGAUCUGGCCACGAAAAAGUCAUACAUCUCGUUGAGCAGAGUGAAACACGAGUGAUUUGUAAAUAAAAGUCUUGUACAAUUUUAUACGA